AUGAACUCUUAUCUCCGGAGCUGGUUUAUCGAGACCUCCAAUGCAUUAGGCAAGGAUCUCUUGCUCAGCUACUUCUUUUUCCAUUCAACUGCCGCGAGGGCCCUAGAUGCAUGUGAUUUGAUAACUGAUUAUUCAACAUCAUUGGUAAGUUGUCAAGUCGAACAAAAUUCUGUUCACAAGAGUCUCCUAGCUAAGGAGACUACCCUGUUGCGACUCAAUAUGGAACUUGAAGUUGUCAUCAACAAUGCCCUACUGCCCAAACAAUCUGAGCAUGUUAUCCACUUGGUUGAGGUCCUCUAA